AUGGCCAAGAGGCGUCGUGAAUUCGCGUCGCGAGUGCAGCUCAUUACGCUCGACCUAGUUCUGCUCCUACUGCUGUCGCCCUCCCAUCAUUCCCUCGCCGCGGCCGCCUGCACCGCUGCAUUCCCCUCCGCGUCCACCUGCUUCCCCGCGUCCGCCUCUCACCGCGCCUUGAUACAGCUCUUACGACCAACCUCCGUCGUAGGCGCUCUCCACAGCUCUUCGCCUGGAAACCGCGCUCUACCGCUCAACGGCACAGCGUCGCUCAACGGCACAGCGUCGCUCAACGGCACAGCGUCGCUCAACGGCACAGCGUCUCUCAACGGUACAGCGUCGCUCAACGGUACAGCGUCGCUCAACGGUACAGCGUCGCUCAACAGUACAGCGCCGCUCAAUGGCACAGCAUCGCUCAACAGUACAGCGCCGCUCAAUGGCACAGCAUCGCUCAACAGUACAGCGCCGCUCAAUGGCACAGCAUCGCUCAACAGUACAGGGUCGCUCAAUCGUACAGCAUCGCUCAACGGCACAGCGUCGCAUAACGGCACAGCGUCGCUCAACGGCACAGCGUCGCUCAACGGCACAGCGUCGCAUAACGGCACAGCGUCGCUCAACGGCACAGCGUCGCUCAACGGUGGCGGCAGCGAUGGGAGUGCGUCGCUCAGCGGCAGGGGCGGCGGGCCAGUGGAGAAGGUGGGGCGGGCGGCGGAGAAAAUAGCGCACGCGGUGGGGGAGGUGGGGCAGGUGGCGAAGCAGGUGGUGGAGAUGUACGUGCGCCCCAACGCGCGCCCGCGCAUCCCGCUCGGCCCCACCAUCAUCAAAUGGCUCAAGCGCUCGCCCAUCCCCCAGCAGGUGCACGUGUCGCUAGCGAGUGCGACGGCGGGGGCGCUGGCGAUGCGCAUCACAUGGAUAACGAGCCAGCCCCGAUGCCUGUCGCUCGUCACGUGGGGGCUGCACCCCAACGCGCUCAACCGCCUCUCGCGCGGCACCUCCUCCUCCUACCAGUUCCUCUUCUACAGGUCAGGGUUCAUUCACAGCGUGGUGGUGGGGUCGGCGGAGCAGCCCCUGGCGGGCAACACGGUGUACCACUACCGCAUGGGGCGCAAGGGCAAGCGCCGCUCCUUCAAGACCCCGCCCACCGCCGCUGAUGAUGCCAUGGACAUCGCCAUCGUUGGCGACCUGGGGCAGAGUGGGUGGACGGUGAAGACGCUGAAGCACGUGGGCAGCCGGCCGCACGACAUGGUGGUGGUGCCGGGCGACCUCUCCUACGCCGACUUCAUCCCCUGGCGCUGGGACAGCUGGAGCACGCUCAUUGACCCCUACGCCAGCACGCGCCCCUGGAUGGUCGUGCCAGGCAACCACGACCAGGAGUCGCUCUCGCGCUUCGUGCCCGGCUUCAUCUCGUACAACGCGCGCUGGCGCAUGCCCGCUGCAGAGAGCGGGUCGCCGUCCAACCUGUUCUACUCGUUUGACACGGCGGGCAUCCACUGGGUCAUGCUCUCCUCCUACUCGGGCUUCCUCCCCGGCUCCCGCCAGUACACCUGGCUCAAGCGGGACCUGAGUCUGGUGGACAGGGCGCGCACGCCAUGGCUGGUGGCGGUGCUGCACGAGCCGUGGUACAGCUCCAACACACGCCACGAGGAUGACGGACGUCCCAUGCGCCAGGCACUCGAAGGGCUGCUCUUUGCUGCACGCACCGACAUCCUUUUUGCCGGCCACGUGCACGCCUACGAGCGAUCCGUAUGCCCCCACUGCCCCCUUCGAUUCGCCGCCCUUCGUGCACUCAGUUCUGCUGCCUCUUGA